UCUCUCUCUCUCUUCGGUCUUCUUGCUAAUUAUUCUUCAUGGCUUCUUCAGUUAAUCCCAACUUCCCUGGGUGGACAGCUAAUUCAAGCCCAAAGGGACCGCCGGGACAUGGACCCGUGGCACCAGUGCCCAAAGACGACAUAGAAAUGGACAGCUUCACAUCGCAAGACAACAUCUCCCUUCCGGCCAGUGCUACUAUUAACAUCCCGAGGUGGACGCCUACUCCGAGCCCGACGAAAGAUGAGCGAGGCAUGAAUAGCUUCUACUCACAAGAAGACAUGUCCUACAGUGUUGAAGGUUUCUUUCCCUUCAGUACUGCUGCUUCCUCUACUCUAACGCAUCCACAUCCUCCUCAAGUUAGAGACAAUCUCUCUAGGCCUAUCUAUAAUGCACCGUCAUUGAGCGUAGACAUGGAAAUUAAGGGCACCGGAGAGGCGGAAACGAUGAUGGUGCCGACCCAAGAAGAGGUGAAACCUGUUAAGUGGGACACAAUUCAACUUGGGUCGGAGGACAAUGGCAUUUUCUUGACAUGGGAGGAUCUUUGGGUGACAGCGUCGAAUGGGAAAGCUGGUUCCAUAGGGAUACUUCAAGGGCUCACGGGCUAUGCUCAGCCUGGAGAGGUUCUAGCAAUCAUGGGCCCAUCCGGCUGCGGCAAGUCGACCCUUCUCGAUGCCUUAGCAGGGAGAUUAGGCUCAAACACAAGGCAAUCAGGAGAGAUCCUAAUCAACGGUCGAAAACAAACACUAGCAUUUGGCACUUCGGUUUAUGUGACCCAAGAUGACACUCUAAUGGCCACAUUAAUGGUUAGAGAAGCUGUGUACUACUCGGCGCAGCUCCAGCUUCCUGACUCCAUGCCUAGAUGGGAGAAGAGAGAGCGAGCGGAGACGACAAUCAGGGAGAUGGGCCUGCAAGAUGCCAUGAAUACUAGAAUUGGAGGGUGGGCUACCAAAGGACUCAGCGGCGGGCAGAAGAGGAGGGUGAGCAUUUGCAUUGAGAUGCUAACUCGCCCGAAGCUUCUCUACUUAGACGAACCGACGAGUGGGCUAGACAGUGCAGCAUCAUACCAUGUCAUGAAUCGAAUCGUGGGCCUUGCUCGACGCAGUGGGAGAACCAUCAUUGCAUCCAUCCAUCAGCCUAGCAGCGAGGUCUUUGAGCUCUUCAACAAUCUGUGUCUUCUGUCUGCUGGUAGAACAGUUUAUUUUGGGCCUGCUUCGGAAGCUAAUGAGUUUUUCGCAUUGAAUGGCUUUCCAUGCCCAUCUUUGAGGAACCCUUCUGAUCACUUUCUCAGAACAAUCAACAAAGACUUCGAUAAGGACAUUGAACAAGGCCCGGGUACAAAAUCAACUGCCGAAGCCAUCGACAUCCUCGUGAAGUCAUACAAAUCAUCCCCCACUUCUAAACAAGUAUCUCAACGGGUUGCUCAGAUAUGUAAAAUUGAAGGAGGAGCUUUGGAGAAGAAGGGAAGUCAGGCUAGCUUCCUUUCUCAGUCCCUUGUCCUUGCAAGAAGAUCCUUUGUUAACAUGUACAGAGAUCUGGGCUACUAUUGGCUCCGUUUUGCAAUAUACAUUGCGCUGUGUCUUUGUGUGGGCACCAUCUAUUACAACAUUGGCAAAAGCUUCAGCUCUAUUCAGGCUAGAGGCUCAAUGCUUAUGUUUGUAGCGUCAUUCCUGACCUUCAUGGCGAUUGGUGGAUUUCCUUCUUUUGUGGAGGACAUGAAGAUAUUUGGACGAGAGAGAUUAAAUGGGCACUAUGGUGUGGGUGCAUAUGUAGUCGGCAACACAAUUUCUUCCAUCCCUUACUUGUUUCUCAUCUCUAUUGUACCGGGCGCCAUAGCCUACUUCCUGGUGGGCCUCCAGAGAGGCGCUGAUCACUUCGUCUACUUCACCCUUGUGCUGUUUGUGUGCACGACACUGGUCGAGAGCCUGAUGAUGAUCGUUGCAAGCAUCGUCCCAGAUUUCCUCAUGGGCAUAAUAACAGGGGCUGGUAUCCAAGGUGUCAUGAUGCUGAACGGCGGCUUCUUCCGGCUGCCGGAUGACCUCCCCAAACCCUUCUGGAAAUACCCAAUGUACUACAUUGCAUUUCACAAGUAUGCCUUCCAAGGGUUCUACAAGAAUGAGUUCAUUGGCCUAACAUUCCCCAACAACCAAGCAGGUGGGCCACCCACAAUCAGUGGGGAUGAGAUCUUGAGAAGAACAUGGCAAGUUGAGAUGGGCUACUCCAAAUGGGUUGAUCUUGGUAUUUUGAUUGCUAUGGUGAUUUUAUACAGGGUCCUGUUCUUGGGUAUUAUAAAGAUGACUGAAAAGGUUAAGCCCAUGAUAAGGGCUCUCCUUGCUUGAUCUCCCAAGCAAACCAUUCAAGUCAUGGAGCAGCCUGAUACACCUACACACUGAAGAAUGUGGAUUCUCAUUUCCUUUUGUUCAUGUGUUGGUUAUGAUGUGAUUUUCCACUUCAAUCCUCCUUGAAAGGUAACUUACAUCCAACUAAUGUUUGUUGUACUUUCUUUGAAGCUUGUUUGUUGGUCUGAAAUGGGCUUAAUAGUUUAUAACUAAAAUAAGUUUUUU